AUGGGGGUUUCUCCAGUUCAAGUGUCAUCGUAUCCGCCAGGCUCCUGGGCCCAUGUUGCAACAAGCAUGGGCUACCGUCCAUCCACGGGGCCUGGUUCAGCUAUUCCCAUUGGUGUUCCUGCUGGCGGCAGUAUGGUGGCGGCAUCUUCUGGCAUGCAGCCAGCAUUCGGUCAUCAACAAACAUCAAUGUGGAACCCAAUGACCUCCCAUGGGACUGUCGUGGGCUCUCCAGCCCCCAGCAUGCCGGCUUCUGUGGGCACGCUGCACCAUUCAGUCUCCAUGCCGCAGCUACCAAUUGCAUCAACAGCUCAAGCUGCUGGUCAAGAUGCAAGUGGAGGGGGCCAAAUGUCUGCUCUGUCACUUCCUCCGGCACAUGCGUUGGGAUUCACAGAGCAGCAUUCUUCCUGGCCGCUGGCUGUAACUGGUGCAUCUGCCCCAUCGGUGACCCUAUCAGACCUUGAAGCAUGUCCCUCUGGGCAAGGAAGUCAAUUUGCCGAUACAACAGUGAGUGGUACGGAUGAUGAAGGUGGCACUGCUGCUACAACAAUCAACAAUGAAGGAGCACUUGCUCUUCCAUCACAUGAUGAAGCUGGCGUGGACGUGGGGAGUGUGGUCGGGGUGAACGGGCUGAUGACGGACAUAGAGCCCAUGCUGCAGGACGUGCGCGAGGGGGACCUGCUGAAGAACCUCGAGCAGCUCACCAAGGUGGCCUCUGAUGCCGCCUCCGACCUCAGGCAGCUGAACAGCUCUAUUUUAACCAAGGAGAACACGGAGCUGCUGCGGCAGUCAGUGUCCACACUCACCAAGACGCUCAAGCACGUCGAGGGCAUCAGUGCUGACAUCAGUAGCCUCACAGGCGACCCCAGCACGCGGGACCACCUGAGGCAAAUCAUUGAGUCCCUCAGUCGCCUCCCCUCAUUUCCCCUCUCGUCGCCCUCGUUUCCCUCCCCAUCGCCCACAUUUCGCUACCUGUCGCUCACAAUUCCCUCCAUCCUCCCUUCCUCUCAUCCGCCCUUCCUCUCGUCCGCCCUUCUCUCACAUCCUCUCUCCCUCUUAUCCGCCCCUCCUAUCGUCCUCAUUUCCACUCGUCCUCCCUACCCUUCUUUCGCCACGCGCCCUCAUCCGCCCUCCACCUCAUCCGCCCUCCCCCUCGUCCGCCCUCCCUCUCAUCCACCCUUCUUCUCGUCCUCCCUCCCCCUCAUCCAGCCUCCCCCUCAUCCGCCCUUCAUCUCAUCCUCCAUUCUCUCAUCCAACCUUCCUCGCAUCCCCCCUUCCUCUCAUCCUCCUUUCCUCUCAUACAACCUCCCUCUCAUCCUCCUCUCCUCUCAUCCGCCCUUCCUCUCAUCCGCCCUUCCUCUCAUCCGCCCUUCACGCUCUCAUCCUCUCUCCUUCUCAUCGUCUCUCCCUCUCAUUCGCCCUUCAUCUCGUCCUCCCCUCAACUCGUAUUCCCUCCCCUACUUCAGCCCCCCCCCCCCUCAUCCGCCAUCCCUAUCAUCCACCAUUCCUCGCGUCCACCCUUCCUCGCAUCCUCCUGCCCUGCUUCCUUCCUCGCAUCCGCCCUUCCUCUCAUCCACCCUUCCUCCUUCUCUCCCAUCCUCUCUCCUUCUCAUACUCCCUUUCUCUCGUCCUCCCUUCCUCUCAUCCCCCCCUCCUCUCAUCCUCCUUUCCACUCAUCUCCCUUUCCUGUCAUCCUCCCAUCCCCACAUCCGCCCUUCCUCUCAUCCGCCCUUCCUCUCAUCCGCCCUUCUCUCCCAUCCUCUCUCCUUCUCAUACUCCCUUUCUCUCAUCCUCCCUUCCUCUCCCCUUCCAUUCCUCUCAUCCCCCCUUCCUCUCAUCCUCCUUCCCUCUCAUCCGCCCUUCCUCUCAUCAGCCCUUCGCGCUCUCAUCCUCUCUCCAUCUCAUCGUCUCUCCCUCUCUUCCUCCUUUCCCUCGUCCACCCUUCUUCUCGUCCUCCCUCCCCCUCAUCCGUCCUCCCCCUCAUCCGCCCUUCCUCUCAUCCUCCCUUCCCCACAUCCGCCCUUCAUCUCAUCCUCUGUUCCCCUCGUCCUCCCUUCCUCUCAUCCCACCUCCUCUCAUCCUCCUUUCCUCUCAUCUUCCUUUCCUGUCAUCCUCCCAUCCCCACAUCCGCACUUCCUCUCAUCCGCCCUUCUCUCCCAUCCUCUCUCCUUCUCAUUCUCUCAUUCUCUCAUACUCCCUUUCUCUCAUCCUCCCUUCCUCUCCCCUUCCAUUCCUCUCAUCCUCCCUUCCUCUCAUCCUCCUUCCCUCUCAUCCGCCCUUCCUCUCAUCCGCCCUUCCUCACAUCCGCCCUUCACACUCUCAUCCUCUCACCUUCUUAUCGUCUCUCCCUCACAUCCUCCUUUCUCUCAUCCACCCUUCUUCCCGUCCUCCCUCCCCAUCAUCCGCCCUCCCCCUCAUCCGCCCUUCAUCCCAUCCUCCCUUCCCCCCAUCCGCCCUUCAUCUCAUCCUCUGUUCCCCUCUUCCCCCCUUCCUCUCGUCCUCCUUCCCUCUCAUCCCCCCUUCCUCACGUCCUCCUUUCCUCUCAUCCGCCCUUCCUCACGUCCUCCCUUCCUCUCGUCCUCUCUCCCCUACUUCCGCCCCCCCCCCCCCCUCAUCCGCCCUCCCUAUCAUCCACCCUUCCUCUUGUCCACCCGUCUUCUCGUCCUCCCACCCCCUCAUCCGCCCUUCAUCUCAUCCAACCUUCCUCUCGUCCACCCUUCCUAUCAUCCUCCCUUCCUCUCAUCCGCCCUUCCUCGCUUCCUCCCCUCCUCUCAUUCUCCCUUCCUCUCGUCCACCCUUCCUCUCAUCCCCUCCUCCUCUCAUCCUCCCUUUGUCCCAUCCGGCCUUCCUCUUAUCCUCUCUCCUCAUCCUCCCUUCCUCUCAUCCCCCCUUCCUCACAUCCACCUUUCCUCCCAUCCUCCCUUCCUCCCAUCCGCCCUCAUUUCCCUUCCUGUCGUUCCUCAUUUCCCUACCUGUCGUUCCAUAUAUCUGAUUCCUCCAUUCCAAUCUUUCCUCCUUCAACCCUGCCCUCCUUGCCUCCUCAUUCCAGCACGCAGACACCUUUCGGCCAGCAACACCACUCACCAGCUCCCAAUACUGCCAACGGAGAGCAUGCUGCAUAUCUGUGAAGAGAGUGGCCGAGACCUCACACGGGAGCGUCAAGCACACGAUGCUGCUUGGCAUAUCGCUCCUCAAACUCAGAUAUUCCCGACCGUUCUUUCGCAUUUUGAACCUGCGGGGGCAAGCCCGUUGGCUGCACAAGAGGAGGUGAGGAGAGAGGAGCGUCCCACAUUCCAGAGUGGAGCACGGGAGGCGAGAGGAGAGGAGCACCAUGCCCUGUCAGAGUGGACCACGGGAGGUGAGGAGAGAGGAGCACCCCACCUGUCAGAGGGGAGCACGGGAGGUGAGGAGAGAGGAGCACCCCCCUGUCAGAGGGGAGCACGGGAGGUGAGGAGAGAGGAGCGUCCCACAUUCCAGAGUGGAGCACGGGAGGCGAGAGGAGAGGAGCACCAUGCCCUGUCAGAGUGGACCACGGGAGGUGAGGAGAGAGGAGCACCCCACCUGUCAGAGGGGAGCACGGGAGGUGAGGAGAGAGGAGCGUCCCACAUUCCAGAGUGGAGCACGGGAGGUGAGGAGAGAGGAGCACCCCCCUGUCAGAGGGGAGCACGGGAGGUGAGGAGAGAGGAGCGUCCCACAUUCCAGAGUGGAGCACGGGAGGCGAGAGGAGAGGAGCACCAUGCCCUGUCAGAGUGGACCACGGGAGGUGAGGAGAGAGGAGCACCCCACCUGUCAGAGGGGAGCACGGGAGGUGAGGAGAGAGGAGCACCCCCCUGUCAUAGGGGAGCACGGGAGGUGAGGAGAGAGGAGCGUCCCACAUUCCAGAGUGGAGCACGGGAGGCGAGAGGAGAGGAGCACCAUGCCCUGUCAGAGUGGACCACGGGAGGUGAGGAGAGAGGAGCACCCCACCUGUCAGAGGGGAGCACGGGAGGUGAGGAGAGAGGAGCACCCCACCUGUCAGAGGGGAGCACGGGAGAGUGGACCACGGGAGGUGAGGAGAGAGGAGCACCCCACCUGUCAGAGGGGAGCACGGGAGGUGAGGAGAGAGGAGCACCCCCCUGUCAGAGGGGAGCACGGGAGGUGAGGAGAGAGGAGCUUCCCACAUUCCAGAGUGGAGCAACGGAGGUGAGGAGAGAGGAGCGUCCCACGUUCCAGAGUGGAGCACUGCAGGCGAGAGGAGAGGAGCACCAUGCCCUGUCAGAGUGGACCACGGGAGGUGAGGAGAGAGGAGCACCCCACCUGUCAGAGGGGAGCACGGGAGGUGAGGAGAGAGGAGCACCCCCCUGUCAGAGGGGAGCACGGGAGGUGAGGAGAGAGGAGCGUCCCACAUUCCAGAGUGGAGCACGGGAGGCGAGAGGAGAGGAGCACCAUGCCCUGUCAGAGUGGACCACGGGAGGUGAGGAGAGAGGAGCACCCCACCUGUCAGAGGGGAGCACGGGAGGUGAGGAGAGAGGAGCGUCCCACAUUUCAGAGUGGAGCACGGGAGGCGAGAGGAGAGGAGCACCAUGCCCUGUCAGAGUGGACCACGGGAGGUGA